CAUCAACAUCAAUAAAUCAGAAAGGGUUUUCGGUGACGCCUACUGUGUUUAGUGCUGUUUUGCUUACAAACACUUUUUGCUUAAUUGUGCCCUUACCUUAUGGCCAAUUCUGCUGAUUGAAGGUAGUUUUCACUCUCGGUGCACUGAUAAUUGGUGCAGAAGCUUCGAAUCGCAUUGAAAAAUCGCGAUACCGCUGCUCUUCUUUCACGCGUGAAAGCAGUGUGCUACGCGUCUUGCCUUUCUUUCACUUCGACCUCAAUUGAAGAACAUCUCGGCAAACGAAGAUGAGCUCCACGGCGGAGAAACCCGAUGGAAACAACCAGCUCUACAACUUAACCUGGGGGGACUUCAGCUCGUCUCUGGCUACUUCGAUCCAGAAUUUUCGUAACCAAGGCCACCUUGUGGACGUCACCCUGUCCGCGGGUGGACGCAGCUUUCCUGCGCACAAAAUAGUACUUUCGGCUGCUAGUCCAUUUCUUCUUGAUCUCCUCAAGAACGCAUCGUGCAACCACCCGAUUCUGGUCAUUCCCGGCGUAAGCCCGAAAGACAUGGAGGCUCUUCUUGAGUUCGUCUACCACGGGGAAGUGAGCGUCGACCCUGACCACCUACCAUCCCUGCUUCAGGCGGCGCAGUGUCUCAACAUCCAAGGACUGGCGCCAGGAGCCCUUCAUCCCGAUAUCAAAUUUGAGGAGACCAGUCAGUUCAUAUCGAAAGAUGCUAUCAACAUGCUCUUUCCUGCAAAGCCAAAAAAGAAGACGAAGAGGAAAUCGUGCAGUGAAUCUCAAACAGGAAGUUCAGGACAGAAGAAAAAGCGAUCUGCGGACCCUGAAGCCCAAGUUGCAGUCACACCAGUUUGUACAAAUGAAAACUCAUCAGAUGGUUCAGGUGUUUCAAACAAGAUCAGAGGUGCGUCAGACCAGCCUACGUCGUGCCCCUUCUGCGGGGCGAUGUUGCGGCAGGCGAGAAACCUGCGGAGGCACUUGGAAAUGCUGCAUUUUGGCGUCGGAAAGGUGCCGUCUAACAUCGAACUGGGAGACACGCAGUCGUCAAGCUCGCCCGCGCCUCUGUCAUCGGACAGCAGUUCGACGAUGGUGGUGCUGCCGUCUGCGCUGUGCCAGCCCGUGAUGGAGGCCGCCGAGCCGCCACCCCCGCCGCUUGGCAACCUGGUGCCAGAGGUGGCCGCGUCGUGCAUGCAGCCGGCGUCGACGGUGGCCAGCAGCUUUUUCAGCUACACGCACCCGGACGGGCUGCUGGACCCGCACCGCCCCAUCGACCAGCACGCCAGCGCCUUCCGAGGGGUCGGAAUCGUGCCCCGAGCCGACCCUGGCAGCCAUUCCGAGGUAUAGGGGUGGGGGGCCAUGUGGUUAUUGGCCGGAGUGAUCAAACGAGCGUGGGAGUUGGUCCUACAUACGCACCGCAGUGACAAAUACUACUGCUGACUCGUGUCAGCCGCAGAAAUAGGGAUUCAGUGUGGAGUGAAGCAGUGGUGAUUAAUUACAUUCUCAUGAGUGUUGUACAUUAGUUACUCUUCCGUUCAGAUAUUAAGACAUACAUACAUAUAUUAUUUAUUGCAGUUUAAGGUUCAUUCAUCAAGUCCCACCAAAGUAUAUCUCUUCUGUAUGACGCAAUAAACAUGUAAUACAUUUGCACCCCUCA